AUGGUUGGGAAUACGUCUGUGGUUGUUACUGAUAUAGUUCCUGUUAAUUCUAAAAUCACGGAUUGUAAGCUUAAUGACUCUAAUUACUUGGAAUGGAUUCAUGUCAUUAAGCUUUAUCUUACUAGUUUGGAUAAGAGUGACCACCUAUCCAAACCUUUAGCUGACCAAGAUGCUACUUGGGUACGAGAUGAUGCCCGUUUGUUCCUACAAAUCUGUAAUUCCAUUGAUGAGGGUAUUGUUGGGUUCAUUAGUCAUUGUGCCUCUAUUAAGGAGUUGAUGGAGUAUUUGGAAUACUUAUACGCUGGGAAAGGGAAUAUCACUCGUGUUUAUGAUGUUUGUCUCCUUUCUGAGUUUGACACGGCGAGGUUUGUAAUUCUUAGUAGCUCUGCAAUCCCUUCUCUUGCUAAUGUUUUUCCACGUCUGAGUCGAUCAGUGCAAUCGCAACCAAGUAUGCUUGAGGCUGCCAUCCCAUCCAACAAUGAUCUCGUUGGCCGUCAUCCUCGCAGUGGGAAUGGAAAAAAUUCUCAGGGAUACACUUUUGGUGGUAUUGUGUGUCAUUAUUGCCAUAAGCCUGGCCACAUAAAAAGGGACUGUAGGAGAUGGUUGAGGGAGCGAGGAAAUCUGACUGCUAAUACUGCUUCCACAACUGAGGCAUCUUCCAAGUUGAUCACUGUAUCUGCCGACGAGUUUGCCAAGUUCUCUGAGUAUCAAGAAUCUUUAAAGCGUUCAUCCUCUUCAGUCACUGUUAUUGCUGACUCAGAUGGUUCUACCUCCCAUGCUCUUGGGUCUGGUACCAUUACGCCCAUCCCUUCGCUCCCCUUGUCUUCUGAUCUUUUGACGAAGAGGGUUAUUGGUAAGGGGCGCGAGUUUGGGGGCCUCUACGUUCUUGACACCACGAGGCGGGAGCCUGUUGCUUGUUCAGGUGUCGUCACUCCAGUAGAAGCUCAUUGUCGUUUGGGGCAUCCUUCCCUACCCUUGUUGAAGAAAUUGUGUCUGCAGUUUUCAAGUUUGUCUUCUUUACAUUGUGAGUCGUGUCAGUUGUCCAAGCACUAUCGUGUGCCUUUGAGUCCUAGAGUUUACAAACGAGCAUCUGCUCCUUUUGAGUUAGUGCAUUCUGAUAUUUGGGGUCCGUGUUCUGUGACCUCCAAACUCGGUUUUAAAUAUUUUAUUACGUUUGUUGAUGAUUUUUCUCGAAUAACAUGGUUAUAUCUACUGAAGUCUUGUUCUGAACUUUUUGAGGUGUUUUGUGGAUUCUGCGUUGAAAUUAAGACUCAAUUUGGUGUUCCUGUCAAAAUUUUACGUAGUGACAAUGCUAAAGAAUAUUUUUCGCUCCCUUUUGUCUCUUAUAUGCGUCAGAAGGGUAUGUUACAUCAAUCCUCUUGUGUUGAUACGCCUUCUCAGAAUGGGGUCGCUGAGCGCAAAAAUCGGCAUCUGCUUGAAACUGCAAGAGCCUUGAUGUUUCAAAUGGGGGUUCCCAAGCAGUUUUAG